AUGUCCGACGAGGAAGAAGACUAUCUUUCGGACAAAUUCCUUGCCCAACUAGAAGCGGCCUCAAAGAAAACCAAGCCAAAAACUUACACCGACCUUCGGAAGGAGGCAGCACGCAUUUCCGAACAGAAGAAUGAGGCUGGCCGAAAGAAGAGCAGGAAACAGCUGGAGGAUGAGGCAAGGCAGGAGGGAUUGAACAAAAGUUUGUUCGAGCGUGCAAGGGAAGAGAAGGAAGAGUUGGGAGUAGAGAGCAAGGCGUUGAACAUGAUGAAGCGGAUGGGCUUCAAGGUCGGGGAGUCAUUAGGCGCCAAAACCACUUCGCCGGGACCAUCAACACCGUCGCCGAAGCCCCCGCCUGACGUGGACGGUGAUUCUUCUCCAAAGCAAGACACCGUCGAGACUGUUGGUACGGUGGAAGUAGUUGGAGAGAGCGAUGGUCUAUCUGUAUUCACCCCGUCUGCGUUCGCACAUCGCAAGACGCCCAUACCGCUCUCGGUCUGGUCCGGUCGUCAAGGACUGGGGAAAGGAAAAAGAGCACUGUCACCAACAGCUGAGGCCGAGGAGAAGGCUUCUAAAGUGGCCAAGCUAAUGGCCGAGGAAGCCGCAAGCGCAGACACUUUUCGCAAUCGGGCGAGACAAGAGUUUGAAGAAAGAAGAGCUGAGGGUCGGCUGUUGACUGCUCGCAAGACCUGCAUGACGUUGGAUGAGGAAACCGGAAAGAAAUUCGAUAAAUUCUGGCUCAAUCCUCAUGUACCAAACGAUUUCCCACCUUCAUUACGCGAAUACAUCGCAAACAAUCCCGAAGCACUUGUCGGUGCUGUUGACGAGGCGGCUGCAGAGCGCCUCCGUUGGCAGAUGCAGCGUGAUGCUCUCCGCUUUUCACCAGAUCCGGACUCAUUACCCCUUUCCAUGGGCCCGGGGCAAGCUCGUUCUAUCCGCGACAUCAACAUCGCAAACAAUGUUCAAGAAACGGAGGAGAUCCAGCUUUCAGAUACUGAGAUACAGGAAGCACUAGCGUACUUGCGUCAGGAUCCGAUGACACGAUUAGAACAAUUGCUCACCCACCUGCGUGAGAUGUACAACUAUUGCUUCUGGUGCGGCACGAGAUACUCGAACGCCGAGGAGCUGGGAAAGGAAUGCCCUGGAACGGAGGAAGACGAUCACGACUGAGAUCUAGAGCUUCGCAGUGUGGACCUUGCAUCCCUCUCCUGAUAUGCGCGGGUGGCAUACAUUUCACCUAUAUUCGGUCUAGC